GUGACAUAAUUUUAUUUCUAUUGCAGCGGCAGCUUCCAUCCUUCCAGAGGAUCAAAUUGAUCUUACCGACACCUUAGAGACCACAUCGGAGGAUCUAGCAGAGGAAGCAAUUGCGCUUGGUCAGAUCCUACGCGAUGUGGCAGCUGAUAUGGCGCAAGAUAGAACGCUUGACGUAGAGGAAGAAGAAUAUUCCUUUCGUAGCUUUUGGGAAAAAUUCAAGGCAUCAAUGAAAAAGGCAGGAAAGAAAAUGAAGGUGGCGUUCAAGACCAUAGGGAAAGAACUUAAAGAACCUGUCAAGGUCGUCGCCAAAGCCGCUGCAAAAGUGGCUCUUGAGAAAGCACAAGAAAUACUUAAGAAGAAGGCUGUGACGUUGGUUGCAAAAAUUUUUGAGAAAUCAAUUCCUGCCUACGCUGUUGAAGACAAUGUUAAUGAGGCAGACUUCUUCGAACAAAUGCGUGUCCGAAUAGACCAAGUAGGACAGAGACUCAUCAAACAAGGUCGAGCAUUGAAACGUUUGUGAAAAAAAACGUGUUUUGCUAC